UCUUUCUGUUCGGAUUCUACAAAGAAAAUCAGUGAACACUUGUUUUCUAUAUAGAAGCACUUCACUUCUAGCAUUGUAAGCUACCUAGCUCUUUUCACACACGGAAGACUGGUCAUAAGUUAGCAAGACGUCUACUUUGAAUCUCAAGACCGGAAGUUUUAUUGUUUCAUUGCUGCUAGCUUGACUCUACUCUGCUAAUUCACACGAAACUACUAUAGCGAGGAAUGCGGCACUUGUAGUCAACCGUACUUGAACCAAACACCAUCCCUCCAUCAUCAUUCCUGGCAGCACACCAUGGCCAACUUCAGGCAAGAGAAUGUCGAGUUGUAUUAUGAGAUGGGAGAGGAGCUGGGCAGCGGACAGUUUGCCAUCGUCCGUAAGUGUAAGGAGAAGAGCACUGGCGUUGAGUAUGCGGCCAAGUUUAUCAAGAAGCGGCGGCUGUCCUCCAGUCGGAGGGGGGUGAGUCGGGAAGAGAUCGAACGUGAGGUCAAUAUCCUGCGGGAGAUCCAGCACAGCAACAUCAUCACCCUGCACGACAUCUUUGAAAACAAAACUGACGUGAUCCUGAUCCUGGAGCUGGUGUCCGGAGGAGAGCUGUUUGACUUCCUGGCUGAGAAGGAAUCUCUGACAGAGGAAGAGGCCACCCAGUUUCUCAAACAGAUUCUGGAUGGUGUUCAGUAUCUCCACCUCAAACGCAUUGCUCACUUUGACCUCAAGCCUGAGAAUAUUAUGCUGCUGGACAAGAACGUCCCCAACCCCAGGAUCAAACUGAUUGACUUUGGAAUCGCUCAUCAGAUCAAAGCAGGAAACGAGUUCAAGAACAUCUUCGGAACGCCAGAGUUUGUUGCACCAGAAAUAGUCAACUAUGAGCCACUUGGACUGGAGGCGGACAUGUGGAGCAUCGGAGUCAUCACAUACAUUCUGUUGAGUGGUGCUUCGCCGUUUUUGGGCGAGACCAAGCAGGAGACCCUGACGAACAUCUCGGCUGUUAACUACGACUUUGAUGAGGAAUAUUUCAGCAAUACCAGCGAGCUGGCCAAGGACUUCAUACGUCGUCUGCUCGUCAAGGAUCCAAAGAAGAGAAUGACAAUCGAUGACAGCCUUGAGCACCCCUGGAUUAAGGUGAUUAAGAGGCGUAACGUGCGCCAGGAGGAGAGGGACCACAAGCCUGAGCGCAGGCGCCUGAAGACCACUCGUCUGAAGGAGUACACUAUCAAGUCCCACUCCAGCAUGCCACCUAACAACACCUACGUCAACUUUGAGCGCUUCUCCCAGGUGCUUGAAGAGAUUGCAGCAGCAGAGGAAGGCCUGAAGGAGUUGGAGCGCAAUCAGCGUUCAUGCCGAGAAGACGUAGCAGCACUGCUGUCCAUCUAUGAAGAGAAGGAAGGCUGGUACAAGGAGGAGAACCAGAGCAUCUCAAGUGACCUGAGCCACAUUCGCCAGGAGCUACAACGUACUCAGGCUCAGCGCAAGAAAUGCCAGGAGGACGCCCGGGUCGCCAUGCAGGCCGCCAACAUCCUCAAGCGCAAGUUUGGGCGCCUGGAAAACCGUUAUGAGGUUCUGGCUGAGCAGGUGGCCACUGAGGUCCGCUGGGUGGAGGAGCUGGUCAAGUCCAUACCUGCAGAGAAGGAUGGCUUUGGCUCUGGCAGCAUGCCCUGAGCUGGCAACAGUGACAUUUUCAUCAAGAUUCCUCCUGCACGUCUUCUCUGCAUGUGUGCUACACAGCAGAGUUUGAGUGAGUCCGUUUUCAUCACAAGCUAUGCUGCUGCCUGUUGGGGAAAAAAAAUGUUCCACCCUUUUUAUGUCAUGCUUGAGAGAACCAGCAAGAAGCAAUAUACUGAACCCGUUCCCUGAAGAAUAGGCUCAUUCCUAUGUUUUUAUAAAUAAAUGUAUGAGUUGAGAGUUUAUGUACUGUAAAUCAUAGUGGACAAAGAUUAUUUGCAAACCAUGUUGGCAUUUUUUGUAGUUUCCAGUAUUUCAGAUAUAAAACCUUUAUUUUUCUUAGCCUGGUUAUGUUUUUAGAAGCUUUAGAAGGCACAGAUGUCAAUACAGUACACAGCUUUUAUACAGUGUCAGGUUUGCACAGAAUUCAGGGGUAUUUAUUUUUUUGGUAAUGCGCAUCUCAUAUUUGAUUGCACCUGACAUUAAAUUUCUUACAUAUAUGUUAUAAAGGAUGCAAUAAACACAACCCUCAGCAUAGAAGAUUUACACUAAUACUUUAUUUUACAAGUCUGUUAAUUUCUAGUAAUUUAUGAAAUGUUUCCUGGAAAGAACCAUGUGAUCGGGUCAUAACUACAGGGGAAAUAAAGACAUUCUGAGCUGUUCUUUUUGGACAGGUCACCACCAGUCUGUCACAGGACUGACCCAUAGAGACAGACAACCGUUCACACCAACAGUAAAUACAGAGACACCAGUUAACCGAUCCUGCAUGUUUUUGGACUGUAGAAGGAAGCUGGUGUACCAGGAGAAAACCCACACAGGCAGAACAUGUAAACUCUGCAUAUGAAGGCCUCAGUUGGCCAUGAGGUUCAAACCAGGACCCUUCUUGUUGAGAAGCUCAACUGCUGCGUAAGUUAAAUCAACUGUAAUAUGCAGAGGAAUCUUCAUGAAGUAUAUUGCUCUUUUUAAUCCCCUGUAAGUAUUUAUUGUCACGUAUGACUGGAAACUGAUAUUUGUAUCUGCUGAAUUGGGUUUGUUUGUAGACACAUUUCACAUUUUGUAUGUUAAGCCCAGCUGCUGUCCGGUGACGAAGUCUUGGCGUUACCCUAGCAUAGUCCUUGAAAUUAACUGAAAGUGGCCCAACCAGGACUCUCUAGUUUAACUGUGAUUACUAUAAAAUUACAUGGUUCUUUCCAGGAAGCCUCUUAGGGAAUUACUGUGAAAUUAAUCAGUACCUAUUGACAUAUUUGUAAAAUAAAGCGUGAUCAGAUUCUGAAUGUAUAAACUCAUUUUUGCAGUGCCUGUAAACUCAUCAACGUCAUAGCUUCUGCGAGCACUUAUCUGUCAUCAUUAAUGACAUUUCAGUGUCAAACACAUGACUAUGUUCGCACAGUAGCCUUGUAAACCAAAUAGUAUGCAUGGAAACCCUCCCUGUAAACUGUAGCUCCCCGCACUUGAAACAUUCCAUCGAUAAUGUCACAUCCAAGCAGCACAUUCCCCAUGUGUAACAUGCAAAGUAUAUGAUGUAGUCAGU